CUAUCUUUACAACGCAGCAGGUAUUCUCGCGAUAACAACACAGAUCUUGUUCUAGGAAAGGAGGGAGUUCAAAGUUAUGCUAGCUAACGUUAGCUGUUAGUAUCUAUAACUACCUAACUAGUCAAAAUUUUUUAAGGCCAGUUCUAAGAAGCUACAGCAACCUUGUAAACAGUUGACCACCAUGGACAUUGAGGAUGACACGACGGUGUUCGCCACUCUUAAGUCGUUGAAGAGUUUCAUCUCUCUCCCGGACACGUCUCGGAACCAGGGAGAACCAGCCCCGGUGCAGAGCGACGUCCUGCAGAAACAGUACCUGCAGAGAUUACAGUUGCUGGAGGCAGCAGAGAAGGUUCAGUCUAAGACCCAGCUGAUCCAGAUGGACCAGGAGAAGAGACAGAUGGAGAUCAGUCACAAGAGAGCACGCAUCGAACUGGAGAAGAACGCUACGCUGAGCGCUAGGGACUUUGAGCGUGAGGUGGACCGUAACCAGGACCUGCUGGGACGAAUCAGACGCCUGGAAGAGAGGGAGGCGGAGUCUAGCCAGAGCCUAUCGGAAAAGGCAGAGGCAAACCGUGCUCUCCGUCGGACCGUGGAGUCUCUCAACAGAAGGGUGGAGGAGAGGGACGGAUGGCUCAACACCUCUAACCAGAUGGUGAGUGGUUUAAAGGAUGAGAUCCGUGACCUGAAGCAGCAGAUUCAGACUCGGGACAACACCAUAUCUAAGCAGACACUGGAGAACCAGGGACUACAGGAACAAGUGGAGCUACAACACAGGAAGUACCAGGAAGUGUCUCAGCGGUGCCAGGCCCUCCAGUCAGCAUCGUCCACCUGCUCUGACCACGAACUCAAGAUUAAGGAGUUGGAGAGGAAGUUGGCUCUGCAGGAACAGGAUGUUGUCAUAGUGAAGAACAUGAGGUCAGAGGUUGCUAGGGUCCCGGAUAUGGACAAGGAGCUCCGACAGCUAAGAGAGGAGAACGUUUACCUCAGGGAGACGAGGGAGAACGUGAUCCUGCUGAAGGAGGAAACGGAGGGAUUGAGACGUAAGGUAGACCGGAUGGAGAAGAUGAAAGAGGAGAUGGUGAACGUGGAGCUGGAUAAGGAGAAACUGUCUCAGAAACUGCAGGCCUGGGAGAACCUGGGACAGUCUACUGGACUCAACAUACGGACACCAGAGGAUCUGUCCAGAGAGGUGAUUCAGAUCCAACAGCGAGAGAUCGCUGUCAAACAACACAACUACACUCUCACCAGCAGCUGUAGGUCAGUGGAGCGGUCUAAGGCUGACCUCCAGGGGGAGCUCUUGUCGCUACGUUCUAAAGCUCUAGAAGAACAGAAGAAGAGGGAGACCCAGGAAUCACUGGUCAGACGACUACAGAAGAGAGUGUUGCUGCUCACCAAGGAGCGUGAUGGGAUGCGUGCUAUCCUGGAGUCCUAUGAUAGUGAGCUGUCUUCUAGUGACUACACUCCUCAACUCAGCCGCAGACUCAGAGAGGCAGAAGAUAUACUGACCAAGACACAGAACCACAAUACAGAGAUGGAGGUUCUGUUGACUAAAGCCCAAGAGGAGGCUGGGGCCCUCAAACUACAAGUACAGACUAUGGAGUUGGAGCUGGAUGUUAUGAAGAAGCAGCAAGACUCUGUCACCGAGGGCAACCCCUUAGCAACGAACGAGGAAGUCAACACACUCCGGCUGAAGAUUGAGGAGUUGGAGGGAGAGCGACAGCGUCUGGAAGAACAGAACAAUGUUCUAGAGCUGAGGCUGGAGAGACACAACUUACAGGGAGACUACAACCCGGUCAAAACCAAAGUCCUCCACUUCAGUCUGAACCCUACGAGCAUGGCCAAACAGCAGCGUGUGGAGGAAGUGGAAGCGCUGAGGGCAGAAGUGGAGUGUUUGAGAGAACACCUCCGCUCACUGCAGACAGGGGGAGCUGUCCCUCUUGCUGCUGCUGCAGGAGAGACCAGCCUCAGUCUACCUCCCUCACAGGAGGUCCUGGAUCUGCGUAAACAGAUGGAGAGUGCUGAACUGAAGAACCAGCGGUUGAAGGAGGUGUUCCAGAGGAAGAUUCAGGAGUUCAGGACGGUGUGUUAUGUUCUGACAGGCUAUCAGAUAGACAUCACUACUGAGAACCAGUACAGACUGACCUCUGUCUACGCUGAACACAUGGACGACUCUCUACUGUUUAAGGCCAGUGGAGGUGUUGUGGGCAGUGGAGGCAGUAUGCAGCUGAUGGAGACAGAUUUCAGUAAAACCCUGAGAGAGAUGGUGGACCUCCAUCUGCACCACCAGAAGAGCAUACCAGCCUUCCUCUCUGCUGUGACCCUCGACCUCUUCAGCCGACAGACCACAGUCUGACUUGACCCUCGACCUCUUCAGCCGACAGACCACAGUCUGACUUGACCCUCGACCUCUUCAGCCGACAGACCACCGUCUGAAUUGACCCUUGACCUCUUUAGCCGACAGACCACGGUCUGACUUGACCUCUUGAGCCGACAGACCACGGUCUGACUUGACUCUCGACCUCUUCAGCCGACAGACCACAGUCUGACUUGACCCUCGACCUCUUCAGCCGACAGACCACCGUCUGAAUUGACCCUUGACCUCUUUAGCCGACAGACCACGGUCUGACUUGACCUCUUGAGCCGACAGACCACGGUCUGACUUGACUCUCGACCUCUUCAGCCGACAGACCACCGUCUGACGUCAAUCGACCUCUUCAGCCGACAGACCACGGUCUGACUUGACCCUCGACCUCUUCAGCCGACAGACCACGGUCUGACUUGACCCUCGACCUCUUCAGCCGACAGAUCACGCUCUGACUUGACUCUCGACCUCUUCAGCCGACAGACCACCGUCUGACUUGACCCUCGACCUCUUCAGCCGACAGAUCACGGUCUGACUUGACACACCCCCCCCGGGGUUGAGGGUGUCCUGUGAUGUUAUAUGACCUGUGACCUCAUUGUUUGACAUGUGAUGUCAUUGCCUUGACCUCUUCACAUAAUGGUUAAGGUUAGGAUUGGGGGAGGGGAAGCUGAUCCUAGAUCUGUCAUUGUUGUCUGACCUGUGAUGUUGUCAUGUGACCCCGAGGUGACCUAUGACCUCACUAUCUGACCUGUGAUGUCAUGGUGUCUGACUGACACAGCUGUGUGAUGGACUCUGAUGAUAAUAAUAUAAAGUUAAAUAAAAGGAGUCGCUGUCUAGACCUGUGUUGUUUCUCUGCAUGAAGUUACACAUUUGAUCACCUUACAAUAGAAUAUCAUUAUUUCUAGAUGUUAUGGAGGUUUUUAGGAUGACGGUGAGAAGAGGAAACAAGGGCCUUUGUUGACAUCAUACUUCAUUACGUUAAUUAUCUUAGUCUGUCACAAAUGGCACCCUAUUCCCUACAUAGUGCACUACAAGAGCCUGAAGGUAGUGCACUAGGUAGGUAAUAGGGUGACAGCCUCUUUCUUUAUAUAGUGUGAUCUCUGUAACCUUCAGUCAGAUGUUCUGUUAUUGUUUCACUACUUCCUGUAUUGAGCUCUUUAACCUUCAGUCAGAUGUUCUGUUAUUGUCUCACUACUUCCUGUGUUGAUCUUUGCUCUUCAGUUGUUUUUUGCAGAAGGUUCAUAUGGCUUCAUGUUGGACACACAGCCGUAUGUCAUUUUAAAUAGUGACACACAACGAACAUCUUGUUAUUUUCUUGUAAAUGGAAAGCAGUGAAAAAGGUAUAACCUGAAUGAGUUGAUUUGUCAUUAGAACAAACAGCUCUAUUACUUCUUACCUCUUAGUUUGUUUUGCUUUCUGAAUCCCAUUUCUGAGUCAAUCUACACUGAACAAAAAUAGAAACGCAACAUGUAAUGUAUGUAGCAAACAUUUCUCUACCAUAAGCCGCCUCCAAUGUCGUUUUAGAGAAUUUGGCAGUACAACCAGCCUUACAACCACAGACCACAUGUAACCACGCCAACCCAGGACCUCCACAUCCGGCUUCUUCACCUGCAGGAUCGUCUGAGACCAGCCACCCGGACAGCUUAUGAAACUGAGGAGUAUUUCUGUCUGUAAUAAAGCCCUUUUGUGGGGGAAAACUCGUUCUGAUUGGCUGGGCUAGGUCCCCAGGGGGAGGCUGUGCCCAUGGCUGUGCCCCUGCCCAGUCAUGUGAAAUUCAUAGAUUAGGGCCUAAUUAAUUUAUUUAAAUUGACUGAUUUCCUUCUAUGAACUGUAACUCAGUAAAAUUGUUGUGUUGCGUUUAUAUUUUUGUUCAGUAUAAUUAUGAUGCAUGUAUGUGUGGAAUAUUAUUUCAGACGUGAAUUGAGUGAAUAAAGAACUAAUCUAACUAGA